GGGAAGUGAAUGGUUUUACCCAGAGGGCCGUGCGCCGCCUUUCUCCGCUGGCCCCGGCGCGCCCGGCAGCUCCUCCUCCUCCCCGGCCAUGGCGUUCACGUUCGCGGCCUUCUGCUACAUGCUGGCGCUGCUGCUGACCGCCGCGCUCAUCUUCUUCGCCAUCUGGCACAUCAUAGCAUUUGAUGAGCUGAAGACUGACUACAAGAACCCUAUAGACCAGUGCAACACCCUCAACCCUACAGUUGAAAAGGUCAAAAAGAUUAAAAGAGUCAAAAUUGCACUACAGCUUGUCCUUCCAGAGUACCUCAUCCAUGCUUUCUUCUGUGUCAUGUUUCUUUGCGCGGCAGAGUGGCUCACACUGGGGCUCAAUAUGCCCCUCUUGGCAUACCAUAUUUGGAGGUACAUGAGUAGACCGGUGAUGAGCGGGCCCGGACUCUACGACCCGACGACCAUCAUGAAUGCAGACAUCCUAGCCUACUGUCAGAAGGAAGGAUGGUGCAAACUAGCUUUCUACCUUCUAGCCUUUUUUUACUACCUAUACGGCAUGAUCUAUGUUUUGGUGAGCUCUUAGAACAACGCAGAAGAAUCGGUCCAGUUAAGUGCAUGCAAAACGCCACCAAUGAAGGGAUUCUAUCCAGCAAGGUCCUGUUUCCAAGAGUAGCCUAUGGAAUCUGAUCAGUUACUUUAAAAAAUGACUCUUAUUUUUUAAAUGUUUCCACACUUUUUGCUUGUGGAAAGACUGUUUUCAUAUGUUCUACUUGGAUAAAGAAUUUAAAUGGAAUUACGUAUAAAUUAAUAUAAAAUGCUUACCUCUGGUGUUGACAGGUUGAGCUUGCACUCUUAAGGAACAGCCGUAGCCCUCGAGUGAUGCGUUACUUACUGGCUGCCCUCAGCCCAUUGGGAGCUCUGUUGAGAGGACUUGUUGGCUCACUUUGGUUCUAUGGAAUGCCAUCUAAAUGCAAACUAGCUG